CACNGCACGCUGCUGCCCGCGGAGGACAAUGCGCCGCUCUUUUACCAGCCCGGCCCGAGGGGCUUCUACUCGCCGCGCCUUGGUCGCGGAACCGAAGCUCGCCUGAACGCCUUUCGCAACGUGGGCCGCAUCAUUGGCAUCUGCUUUGUGCAGAAUGAGCUCUGCCCCAUCACCCUCAACCGCCACGUGAUCAAGUACAUUCUCGGCCGGCCGAUCGGUUGGCACGACCUGGCCUUCUUUGACCCGGACCUCUACGAGUCGCUGCGGCAGCUGAUCUUGGACGCCGAGUCGCCCGGACGGGAGGAGGUCUUUGCCCAGCUCGACUUUCGCUUCUCCAUUGACCUCAGUCGGGAGGAGGGAGGUGGCGAGGUGGAGCUGCUGCCCGGUGGGCGCCACCUUCGAGUGACGCCCGCCAAUGUGCUGAACUACGUGCAGCGGUAUGCGAUGCACCGGAUGCUGUACAGCGCCGCGGCGGCCAUUAUGGCGCUGAAGGCGGGCGUCUUUGAUGUGCUGCCGGCGAGGAGCUUUGAGGGGCUGACGGCCGAAGACUUUCGCCUCCUUCUCAAUGGCGUCAAUGAGAUUAACGUGUCACUGCUGCAGAGCUAUGUUACCUUUCAUGAUGAAUCGGGCGACGGCGCCGAGCACCUCAGCUACUUUCGCCGCUGGUUCUGGUGGGUGCUGGAGCGGAUGACCAACGAGGAGAAGCAGGACCUGGUGUACUUUUGGACCGGAAGUCCGGCGCUGCCCGCCAGCGAGGAGGGCUUCCAGCCGAUGCCCAGCAUUACCAUUCGCCCCCGGGAUGACAUGUACUUUGUGACGGCCAAUACGUGA